AUGCCGGGCAGAGUUGAAAGAAAGAGCAGUGGUGACAACUUGCACAUAUUUUGCCACGAGUGCGCAGAUAGUCUUGGACUUUCUCAUCCAACUACAAGCAGUCGGCACUGUCCUGCUUGUCAGACAGCGCUCAUCAACCCAGAUGACGCCGUUUCAACGAUUUUGAAUCCAACAGAGGAUUAUAAGACAAGCGUGUUGAGUGGGCUGGAUCCGAACACAAUUAUGGAAUGUGCUGGUCGCGCACUUGGGUUUUGGGCAUAUCAAAGCACACAAGAAAUCUUCUACCAGGAAUACCGCGCGAAGACUCUCACAGAGAAGUACGCCAGCUUAAAUACACAAAUGGACAAGAUCAUUCACAAUGCCAACACGGAGAUAAUGUCCCUACAGAACAAAUUGACGGAUAUGCAAUCAACCCAAGAAGAUCUCCAAAGAAAAAACCAGGAACUGAAUGAUAUGUACCGAGACAAGAACAACAAACUAGCUCAGAUGACCAAUCUCUAUAACCUCCUCAAGACCCGUGCGAUGCGGUCUCGGAUGCAAACCGCCGCCUCCGACACUGUCUCCCAGGCCCUAUCGUCCCUGAAUGCCCCUCCUCCUGUCUCAAUUCCUUUCUCUGACGCCCUACCAGUGCCUUCAGUCCCGAAAAAGCGGCAUCCCAAGACCCCCACAUUUCCUAUCAACAAGGAUGGAGUAGAACAGCUUCAUCGGCAUCAAAGAAGCGGCACUGGUAGUUCGAAAAGAGCCAGGACGCAAACACCUCUCGAAGCCGCGAUGCCACCACCUUCUCGGCCAAAUUGGAAUGAGCGAAAUGGCAAAGGCUUGAACCUUGCUCCGCAACAUCGUACUCGACUUCCACGUAUCUCUCGAACGCCGACUGUUUCAUCCGAGUUGCCUCCUGGAGAUGCCAUUACGCAGCGCUUUGGCCAUUGA